UUCUCUCCCUCCGCCAUCCUCGCCGCCCAGAUCUCUCUGUGCCUCCUCCCUCCAUUCUCCCUUGAAUAACUCGUCUGGGAGCGAUCUGGAGGGGCUCGGGGGGGACGGUGGAGCCGAGCAAACCUGUGGCGGAGGAGCCGGCUGGUGGAGAGGGAGAAGAUGCCAUUCCACCAUGUGACAGCUGGCUUGUUGUACAAGGGCAAUUACCUGAACCGCUCGCUCUCGGCCGGCAGCGACAGCGAGCAGCUGGCCAACAUCUCCGUGGAGGAGCUCGAUGAGAUCCGUGAAGCGUUCCGGGUGCUGGACCGAGACGGCAAUGGCUUCAUCUCCAAGCAGGAGCUGGGCAUGGCCAUGCGCUCCCUGGGCUACAUGCCCAGCGAGGUGGAGCUGGCCAUCAUCAUGCAGCGCCUGGACAUGGACGGGGAUGGCCAGGUGGAUUUCGAUGAAUUUAUGACCAUUCUGGGACCUAAGCUGGUGUCRUCGGAGGGCAGGGAUGGCUUCCUGGGGAACACAAUAGACAGCAUAUUCUGGCAGUUUGACAUGCAGAGGAUCACGCUGGAGGAGCUGAAGCACAUCCUGUACCACGCCUUCCGUGACCAUCUGACCAUGAAGGACAUUGAGAACAUCAUCAUCAAUGAGGAGGAGAGCCUCAACGAGAACUCUGGCAACUGCCAGACYGAGUUUGAAGUGCACGCCCAGAAGCAGAACCGCCAGACGUGCGUGCGCAAGAGCCUUAUCUGCGCCUUCGCCAUGGCCUUCAUCAUCAGCGUGAUGCUGAUCGCCGCCAACCAGAUCCUGCGCAGCGGCAUGGAAUAGCCCUGGCAGCGGCGUGGAAUCGUCCUGGCAGCGGGAUGGAAUCGUCCUGGCAGCAGGAUGGAAUUGUCCUGGCAGCGGGACGCCRGCCAUGCAUGCGCACCCCGGGAGAGCUCCCGCCCCGACUCCCACGGCACCGACACGCGGGCACAGUGGGCGCCUGCAGCAGGAGCCCGAGCCAGCAGCGUGUCCUGUGAACAACCACAUCCUUUUGGCAGGGACAUCAAAGGGCUGUUCUAAUGCUUUAAAGGUUUUGUUUCCUAAUGCAAUAAUCCCAUAUCCAGGAGUCCCGARUUAUUGCUUCGAAACAGCAAUGGCCGCGCGGAGGAGCCUUGGAGCUGGCGCUCUGCGGUUUGGGGGAGGCCCGGCCUCGUGACUCGUCCUUUCCCCAGGGCCCACUGACUAUCCCACGGAAUUCCCCGCCGGGCCCACGUUCCCAGGAAUUGUUCGUAGCAUCGCCACACGCCAGUCCCAUUCCUUUUGUUCCACCUGUCCCAGCUUCACUUUCCUUUUCCCUUAUGAUCAUGCCAUGGAGUUUACGGCAUUAGAGGGGAGCAGAGCAUCCUUGUACAGUAUUUUUGGAGGAAAACGGGAGAAUUUGCCAGCACCAUACAAAAUGUCUAUUUUUUGCUUCGUCAGCUCCACCCUUGACACAAGACUGUGGGGUAGCAGGGGUCUGUUGGCCAUCUUUUUUCUGACUGUGAAUCAGGGCUUGAGGAGCUACCCCCAUUUUCCCACCUGGGCAUUGCUGAACUUGUGCAAAGUCUUCCAAGGGACUCUGCCACCACCAGCGCCAGCUAAACCUCCCUCUCCUCGGGCCUCUCUGCAUAUCCAACGACAUUUGCUCUCCAGAACUUCUGCCCUUCUUCUAUAUUGGUCUUCAAGCACUUUUUUCCAAGUGACAAUCCCGAGGGCAGCUCCUCCUGAGCUUCCCUCCCCUCUCCUUCCUUACCUGCACAACUUUAAUUUAUUCUGCUUUACAUGGCCUGGUUAUGAUCUGCAGUGAAAGUUGUGUCAGACAUCGUCCUGUGGGCGAGGUUUUGUUUUUACCCACAUGGCAAUGUGUAGUUCUGACCAGCUGAGUUCUCCAUUCCCUCCCAGKAUCCAUGCCACCACCCCAUCCCACRGGCAGGC